AAUAUUAAAAAGAGUGAUAUUUAUUCAUUUAAACUUUUUGACGAAUGGGUUCAACUACUUUAAAAGAAUGGAUGGUGAUCUUUGGUUCGUAAAUUGUGAAACUGUUGCAUUGAAUGGACUUUGACUCUUACGCGUAUGCUAUAUGCGUAUGCGUAUGGGUGUAUGUGUGGUUGAUUAAGCUUUUCUCGGCAUCUUUGCAUCUCUCUGAACGGGUCGGACUGUUAAUUACUAUUUAUCUACUACUAAAGAAUGCUUGCGGAUCUGUAUUAAGUGUAAUGAAUGUUUUUGUGGCAUCUAUCCUACAAUCAUCCCUUUCUUAUAGAAGAUAGAUGAGUGCUAACAGUCGAAUCAAUGUGAAGGUCGCCCAGGGUACCGUUUGCGGUGUCAGGGAAAGUCUUCCCAAUGGUGGCGAUUCUUUCGCGUUUAGGGGUAUUCCCUACGCGAAACCCCCGGUUGGAUUGUUACGCUACAGAGCGCCUCAACCAUUGGACAAGUUCCAGUUUCCGGUGCUGGACUGUAGUGCCGAGAGGGAUGUGUGUUUCAGUAGAAAUAUGUUCACCCAAGAAAUCGAGGGUUCGGAAGACUGUCUUUAUCUCAAUGUUUACACACCAAAAGUGGACAGUGAGGGCAAACCGUUGCCGGUGAUGGUGUUUAUCCAUGGAGGCGCGUUUUUAUUUGGAAGUGGAAACAACGACUGCUAUUCACCCGAGUAUUUACUGCAAGAAGGGGUUGUUGCAGUCACGUUGAACUAUCGCUUAAGUUCGCUAGGAUUCUUGUACCUUCCAAGUCAAGGCAUUGAAGGCAAUGCAGGACUGAAGGACCAGCUGAUGGCACUGAAAUGGGUCAACCAAAACAUUGCCAAAUUUGGUGGAGAUUCAAAUAAUGUCACGCUGUUCGGAGAGAGUGCUGGGGCCGCUUCGGUCCACCUGCAUCUGUUGUCAGAGAACUCUAGAAAAUAUUUCCAUAAGGCUAUCUGCCAGAGUGGGUGCAGUAUUAUGGAGUGGGUUAUGCAGCGCGACCCAGAAGAAAAAGCAAGAACUCUCGCAAAGUUGAUUGGUUGUGAGGAGAAAACUGAUGAAGAUGUAUACGAAACGCUCAUGACAGCUUCAACGGAGGAUGUGGUGGCACGGGCUGUCGCUGUUCUCACCCAGGAUGAGAGAAUCCGUGGGUUACCCAUGCCUUUCAAGCCGGUGGUGGAAAGCGUUGACGCAACCGAUGCCGUGGUUACGAAGCCCCCUUUAGAGGUGAUGAAGACACCGAACAGCAUUUUUGAUAUUCCCGUGAUAAUGGGUGUGAACAAUCGGGAAGGAACCAUUAUGUUGUUGGACGCUAUCAAAAAGCUGGAUUUGUAUGACAACGAUAUGGCUAGACUGAUUCCAAGAACUGUGAACGUAAAUCCAGGAACGAAAGCGAGUAAUGAAUUGGGGGAGGAGAUAAAAAAGUUCUAUUUUGGGGAUAAGAAUGUCUGUAAGGAAACGCUUCCAUUGUUAGCAGAUUUGAUGAGUGAUUAUCAUUUUGGCAUUUUUGCCAAUGCCUGCGCCGAGUUGCAUUCCAAAUAUCAACACCGAUCCCCACUGUAUUAUUACAACUUUAGCUUCGAUGGGAUGCUGAAUAUGUAUAAAACACUGCUACAGCUAAAGAUUCCAGGUGCUUGCCACGCAGAUGAGCUAUCUUAUCAGUUCUUAUUCCGAAUGGCUCCGGUUGAAGUCGCGCCCGAUUCUCCAGAGGGGCUUGUUCGUUACUACAUGUGUCGAAUGUGGACCAACUUUGCGAAGCAUGGCAACCCAACACCGGUGGAUGACAUAACGCUUCCGUUUCGCUGGGACCCAGUUGCCAAGAUGGAGCCUGACUCAAAACAGAAGUUCGAGCUUCAUUGUUUAGAUAUCAGUGCCCAACCGAAGAUGGUACCAAGUCCAGACAAAUCGAGAAUCGAUUUUUGGAGGGAGAUUUAUAGGCGGUUUAAUGACGAUAUUUUGAAGGUGAAGCUGUAACAGUAACGGAUCGGUGUUUUUGUAACAUUUGACUGGUUAUAUUAAAAUUGGGCUUGGUAUA